AUGUCUUUGGUUAGUAUUCUCCCAGGAUGGUGGUGGGUUGUAGCAGACGGCCGGCCAGAUAUACCCUAUGUUUCCCCUGCCCGGUGGGAGUCGGGGCUAGAGGCAGUUGGAUUCGGGCCUCGAGAGUGUCCCUUUGACAGCGAAGAGCCCAGCCAGCUGAACGCCAUCAUGGUGGCAAAACCAAGUGUCGAGCCUGUCUCAUCGGCGAAGAAGACGAUUACCUCUGCAACGACGGCGCGAGCCAAAGGGGAACGCCGAUCCUGCAACUUGAGCUCAAGGGCUAUGGACUAUCAGGCUAGCUGCCAGAGCCAAGAUUAUGCGCAGCUCGUCGGGUUGUCCAGAACAAUUCGCACCGAGGCCCUGUCAAACUCUGCAGUCUGUGAGGCUGAUGACUUUGAGAAAUCACUGAAUGUUGCUCUGGACGUGUUUGCAAAGUUCCAGGAGCGUCAAGGAGACGGUAUGCUGGAUUCUGACUCUGAGUUUGCAGUCGCCAACGGUCCAAGACGAGCUGAUGACCGAAACGGGAAGAUUGAGAUUAAGUUGCAUGCGAUAGAUCUGAACUUCAAGGAUGCCCUAAGAGCUGUCAAUGACAUACCUUGUCCAGAUGAAGGCGUAGGCACAGAAGAUGCCGGUAUGAUUCGUCGUGUUGGCCCUGGAGUCCGGACCCUUAGACCAGAUGAUCCUGUCAUGACCGUCAAAGCCGGUAUCUUCACCGAUGCCACGGCAAUGACUACUGUCUUUUCAACGGUCGCCGAAUCAAUGUUCAACGCCGCUCACCUCGAGAAAGGUCAGGUUAUCAUUCUUUUCACAGUGCAUCGGGAGUCCUGGGCAUCUGCGAUCCAGCUGGCCAAGAAGGUUGGGGCAGCGAUGUACGCCACCGUAGGAAAAGGAGAAAAAGUCAAGUUCCUCAUGGAAGGGUUCAAUAUCCCUAGGAGUCGCACCUACCAGCAUCACGACACCGGGUUCGUCGAGGGCGCCACGCGCGAAACCAACGGUCGAGGCAUCGAUGUCGCUCUCAACUUUCUGUCUGGUGAGCUACUCCAGGCGAUGUGGCGCUGUGUGGCCCAAUACAGUCCCAGUGUUGAGAUUGGCAAGCGAGAUUUGCUUGGUGGCAGCAAAGCUAGAGAUGGACGCUUUCCCUGCUGGUCGAACAUAACGCACGACAGCUCGUCUCUCUCUCUCGCAGUGUUGGAGAUGGUCCUGAUGAUGUAUAUUUUGUUCACUGGAACGCCCAAGGUUAGAUACAUAUGGAAUCUCCACGAGGCCACAAGGGAAACUGGCAUCAAAUCUGACUUCUUCUCCUCAAUGCGGGGUACCACGGGCCUAGCUGGCCAAUCCAACUAUGCCAGCGCCAACACUUGUCUCGGUUCCUAUGUGCAGUAUUGGACUGGUAUUAGGCUGCAUGCCUCACAUAUCGACCAAGGAGCAGCUCAAGAUCCGGGCUGUGUCGCCAACGAUGAACCACUUCUAAAGAGAAGGAGUCUAGCAAACACCAGGGGAGUCUCUGAGCAAUACUCACUUCUGUACCCUUGGGUAGCCAGGAAGGUCGCGCCUUCUGGGAAAAAAGACGGGCGCAUCACGGCGUAUCACAACGCAUCCAACGAGUCUGAUGAUGGCUCUGGGGCCAGCAGGGAUUUUCUGGACAUCUUGUUAGCCAAGGCCAAGACGAAGCCAUCCAUGCUCAAACCCAGGGAUGCGGGUGGAACUCUGCCGAUCGAGAUUGGCAAGAGGCUGUUCAUGUUCCUGCUCAAGUCAGAAGAUGAUCCAGACAUGUCAACGUCUCUGGCAGCUCUUGGCCUUGACUCACUGGUGGGAGUCGAGAUGCGGAGCUACUAG